UCUCAAUAACGGCGCUGAGGGGGCACUGGUAACCUACGGUUGAGGGAUUCGACCCACGCCGCCCCCGAUUUUUCCUUCAUGGGUGGGUCACAACAAGGAUGCACUUGAUGUUCUUGGACGCUUCGCUAACGCGGGUUAUCAUCCCCUUUCUUCAUUUUAAGUACAAGCGUAGGAUGAGCACAGUAAUUGAUGGCUUCCGUUAUAACUGACAAUAGACGGGUUCGAAAUCGCCGAAUGUGAAAAACACGCACACACACACAAAAAGAAAACACCCAUACACACUCCAAAGAAAAACAAAAGCCAAGUAAUGUAAAGCAUUCCCUAGCUGUCUGAGGCAUAGACCUCUCCCGAUCAGCUGCGCUUGAUUUACGGUUGCGUUGGCAACACCGGAGGAGCAGCCACUCAUCGCCUCACGGCUGAUUUCCUUCUCACUCAUCUUUCCUCCCGGCUCCUGUGAUAAGCUCUCAACAUCUUCAACCUCGCAACGGCAAGGUUCGGAACCAAAGCGCAGCACAUCUGACUCGUCGCAGCUGGACGCGCCACGGACAAACUCCAGUCCGGAACACGCUGUGCUUUUCUCCGCGAGACGUGAGUGACAUAGUCCUCGCUCAUCGACGCUAAAUCCAACGCGCCUCGUCUGACUUUUGUAAAACGUGGUAGGGUUUUUUUCGUUGUUGCCCUCGGAAGGACCACGGACAGACGGUACAGCCCGGGCCAAGCUCGGUACAUCUGCCGUCGGAAUAUGGCAAGGUGGUUCUACGUACUGUGCACAGGCUUCAUUGCUCUCAUGCUAGUCGUCGACGUAAAUGGAUGCGACUGCUCGAGGCUAAACAUGAGAAGAUUAGUGUGUAGUUCCGGUUCUUGUACGCGUAGUGAUGUCGAGAACGCCCAAGAGAGGUGCCUUCUUAGAUGUAAGAAAAAAAGGACGGAUCCCACCGAACAUCAAGGCUCUACUUGGCAACAUCAAUCUGGGCGAACAAGCGAACAGCUCUGGAAUGAAGUUGCCGAGCAACAAAGUGGCGACUCACAGUGUUUAUUGGAUGAUAUCUACCAUAAGCUGGACCCUGUCUGGCAAGAGAGACUCAUCAAGUUUCUGAAGAGUGCCGCCGAAGAUGGUCAAAAGUAAACAGAGUCAUUGCUUUGACUUGGGUCUACAUCAUCGUGCCAAAUACAGCGAGAUAUCACGGACCUGGGGUGUCAGAAUUAUGAACAAAAUGAUGAAAUCAAACAUUUUAGUGAUGCGAAACUUUAAAGCAUAGGCCCAGCAGUUCAGGUUUUCAUUCGUCUGGAUUUACAGGCUUUGGUGUUUUCAUUUUUAUUCUUCAAUUUCUGAUAUUUUGCUUAUUUUUGGAAACCUGUAAAGUUGCUCAAUCUUUUUUGUUGGUGUGGGUUUUCCUUUUAUGACACUGUCUACGGACUGCUGGCUAUGUGCAGGCUUAACCAUACCCUGCUGUAUGUAGACCGGUGCAGGUUGAUUUUAACACUUCUUUUAGAUUUAUUUGUUAUGUAUUCAUUUGUCGAAACGAUUGUCAUUUAUUCAUUCUUUAUUAUGAAGCUGAAACGUUGGUGGCUGUGUCCUCCCUAAUUCUGGGCAUGCGCAUUACUGUUUCAGUAAAACUACCUAUCUUGCUGUAGCCGCGUUACAUGUCUCGGGAUAGAUUGAUAUUUUGUAUAUAGGAUGCAGAAUUUAUGCCCCAAAUAACUGCUACAUCAUGCCUUUUCCUUUAGGAAAUAGGAAAAUAGGUAUUCGAAAAACAAAAAUAUGAUAUAAUAAUAUACAACUACAUUCAGGUAAAUGAACCAAUUCGUACCACGUGUUGGACGAGAAACCCAUUACGGAAGGAGACCGAUUUGAUCGAUACUGAUCUUGUUGCUGGUACCUUAGUCUGGUUUCCCAAGGCAUAGCUGAUUGUUGAUACUCUGGUGUAAGUGGUAUCUUGUUUUUCUUUGUCAACCUCGUUGACGUGAAGAUGAAGAAAAUACGCUAGUUUGUUUCCCAGUCAGUAUUGUAUUAACUACAAUUAAACAUCCAUGCAGCAACUUUGUAUUUUAUUUUAACCACGUUAUUCUAGCAGCACUAGAACACUGUAAAUAUUUAAAAUGUGAGGACUAAAUAUGGCUGUUCGAUGUAAAUUUAGGGUUUCUUCAAAAUGUUAUUCAGUAAUGUCCAUUCAAAAGAUAAUAUUAUGUUAUAAUUUAAGGUAUCUUCAAAAUGUUAUUCAGUAUUGUCCAUUCAAAAGAUAAUAGGGAAACCCAGGGGAAAAUUACCAAAAUUAUGUUAACGGAAAAAUAUAAAGAACUUCAAUUUUAUUUUACACUUUCUCUCUCAUGAGAGACAGAGUCUCCCCUCCCCUACCUAUCCUUGAUGUGGCCCAUAAAGUGAGUGUAUCCUAAUUACGAAGUUAGACUCAUCUGCCCCGUUGUUUGUAUUACUAAUUUAAGAAAAUGAAAGUUUCACCUGUGCCGACAUGUGCUGAGGCUUAACUACCCACGCUCCCCACUCCCGCCGGCUUAGCUUGAAGCACCGAUAUACAGGAGUCACCAACUUGUUAUAAAAUUACACAACCUACACGAUGAACCCACUAAAACCAUUGAAGAAUCAAUAAAAUAUCACUCUUGAAGCACGCAGGCACAGUCUCGAUACAUCUGCCGUCAGUUAUGAAUAAUCCAUUGGGUCGCAGACGCAGCACAGCAUAAAUAUCCUACAAGCCUGACGGCACCUGUCCGGUUGGUAACAGUGUACCUGUUGAUUGAUGGGCGACAUUAAGUUCCAGGGAAACUCCAACGCAUGCCCUUUUCCGCCAACAUCGAUCACUUACACCACUUGUACAACACAUGAAAGCUGAUUGGUUGAUGGAACAGGGUGAUAAUUAAACAUGCAACAUGUAUAUGCCUCUGACACACUUUCUUAUCUGAUGGAAAGUUCAAGAUCUUUUGCGGUACCCUCCCAAUCUUUGAGGGAAAGCCAACAAUUCCCCUAAGUUAUACUUAUCCAUCAAAUCAGUGUCCUGAUGCCCAACCAUUUGCUUGUGUAGUUUUGUAAAACAAAAUCCUCAAAGCAUUUCAAAAUAAGGUCCAUUCUGAAACUGAAUUGGCAUGUUCCCCUUGUCAAGGGAAUAAUGAAAAAAAGUACUUGAUUAGUCUACAAACAAAAUAAAAAUACUUGUUUUGAGCUUUAUUACAGUAAAAUAGACACACGAUUACCUGCUAGCAAAUUUUAAUUAAUUUUGAAAUCAGUAAUUCUUGCACUGCAUAUUUCAUUUGGGUUACUGACUUUAUAUUCUUGCAAAAUCGAGUGUUUAGUAGAAAGCACUAGGCUUCGUAUGAUAUCCGUAGAAAAUAGUUAUUUGGGGCUGUGUGAUGAGUGUGCCCAUGAAUACUCAAUAAACUAUCAUUCAAAUAGCAAUUUGUAUAAGUAGAAAGAAAUGCUAUUUUGUCUUAAAUGCUGGUAUUGAAAUAUUUUAUGGUAAUCUGUUUGGAAAUUAUAACGAUUAUGUAUUAACUUAAACCUCACCGAGGCAUGAUUGCCUCCGUUAAAGCUUGUGCCUUAUAUCACACUAGUAACAAAACAUUAUAUUAACUUAAAUUCGAAAGUUAAAAAGCUAUAAUCAUUGUUGUUCGCGUACGGGCGGUUUGUGUUUGUGCAUCAUGUGAAUAAAACAUUUCAACUGAUUGAUGUGCAGCAA